AUGGCGGAAGAAGGUCGAGAGCUCAAGCGUCCGCGCAGGGCCGGCCCUGGAGACCCCGCGCCCCCGUCGACAUGGGACUUCCUGGCUCCUUGGUGCGACGUCCUCCGCGGCCAAUUGGUGCUUGUGAGUGGCUACAUCCGAUUCAUCAGCGAGAGAUUCGAGUCCAGAUCAAAGUUGCCGCCCGCCCAACUGUACCCCCGCGUCCGUGAAGCCAUCGACCUGUUGGUGCUUGUCGCUCACAUCGACAACAAGGUGUGGCACAUGCUGAUAACGGAACAGUGCAAGCUUGUCGGCGUCGCUCCCCUUGGAUACGACUAUGAGGAGGACGAGGAUGCAAAUUAUUACAGUGGGGAGGAAGUAUACGAAGAUGACAGUGAAGACGACUAA